AAACUGAAAAUCCUCGCCAUGUCGCCGCUGAAAUUCUCACGAUAGAUGUCUGCAAGACUGAGAGCUUUUUCGGUAUCAAACUCAAUUUGAUUCCAUCGUCGUUUGUCGAUCAACCCCUGCUCACUACCAAAAGACUCGAACGCUGGGGAUCUGUUCCGUUGGCUUCUCCACCUCACUUUCUUUCUUGGUCUGCUGAAGCGUUGAGUGCGACCGAGAUCGCUUCCAUUGCAGGAGCGAAGACUACAAGAGACUGCCUAAAACCCCGAAAAUUCUUAUGUCGCGUGAGAGACUCAAAAGAGGCGCACUUCCUCCGGCCCUAGAGAAUAUUGAUAAGUUGCAGAAAGUUGUAAAUGAGGGCAAUUAUUAUGGAGCUCAACAAAUGUACAAAUCUGUCAGCGCCAGAUAUGUAUCUGCUCAGCGGUAUUGUGAAGCAUUAGAUCUCCUACAAUCAGGAGCAUGCACUCAAUUGGCACAUGGACAGGUCACCUGUGGGGCAGAACUUGCUUUAUUAUUUGUGGAGACACUAGUGAAAGCAAAAAUUCGUUAUGAUGAUGAAACUCUUGACCGCCUUGAGAAGAUCUACAAAGCUUUUCCUCGGGUUCCACUUCUGCAAAACUUGAGAGUUGAUGAUGAUAUGCAACAGAUUUCUGAGGCCCUUGGGGCUGCAAAAACACGUGUGGAGGGCUGCUCCUCAUUCUUAAGAGCUGCUAUCAGGUGGUCCGCAGAGUUUGGGGCAAAUAAUUAUGGAUCUCCAGAAUUGCACAUCAUGCUAGCUGAAUACAUUUAUUAUGAAUCGCCUGAGGUGGAUAUGGCUAGAGUAACAAACCAUUUUGUGAGAGGAAAUAAUCCAAAGAAGUUUGCUUCUAUUCUCGUUGAUUUCAUGGGCAAGUGUUAUCCAGGUGAAGAUGACUUGGCCAUUGCUAGGGCAGUUUUAAGGUAUUUAUCUUCAGGCAAUCUGAGAGAUGCUAACAUAUUGAUGGAAGAGAUAAAGAAUGAAGUUGCAUCUAAAGAGAUUAAAUUUCCUCAGACAGAUUUAAUGCAGCUCAUCAACUUUCUCUUGCUAACGUUGGAGAGAGAUGCAUUGCCUCUUUUUAAUAUGUUGAGAACAAAUUAUAAAUCAAGUAUUGAAAGGGAACCUGCAUUCAACGAGAUGUUGGAUGAUAUAGCAGAGAAGUUCUACGGAGUACAACGGAAGAAUCCUAUGGGAAUGUUUGGAGAUAUAUUCAAGUUGAUGGGGGCUGAUUGAUGAUGAUAAUUAUUGAGAUGCCUAAUGAAUUGCAUCAUAUCCUGCAAAUGGUAAACCUGCUCGACAUUAUAAAGAUUAUGAUGAGUCUGUAAGAUUUAUUUCUUUUGUUUAAGAAACAGAUAAAUUUAUCUACCUGCGAGCAAUAUCGUUGUAUGAUCUCUUAACUAGGUUUUAUUUUAAUGGAUUUGUUGUAAAGGUUAGCAGUUUUGCAGACUAUUGAACUGCUAGAAUAUUUUUGUUUCCUGCAAGAAGUUUGCGUUGGGGAUUCAUUGCAUUUUAAUAGGCCUCUACAAUCUUUCUGGCUUAUUUGAGGCUGGGAAUUAAAUGCUUCAUCCGAUACUAAAUGUAGGGGCUAAUUAAGAAGUUUGUUUUAGUCUUUAAAUGUAAGACCCUAAUCUUUUUUAUGUC